GCGCCGACGACACAGAAGCAGCGCGAUGAGGAGGACCGAUAAGUUGUUCUUGCUGGUGGUAAUGCAAUGCCUCGCGCUGGGCUGCAGCACGGCGGCGGCUGUGAUCAGGCCGCGGCGGCAGGGCGACUACCUGCGCCGGCUGCGCGGGUCGUUUUCAGCACGCCAGUCGUCGUGGAAGUCGUCGUCCUCGCUGCCGGCCGUGGAGGAGACGACGGACAGAAGAAAACCUUUACCGGCGGAGGCUGGACGCAAGGAGGCCGACCGCGUGGAGGCGCUGCCCGGGCAGCCGGGCGGCGUGGACUUCGCGCAGUACGCAGGAUACGUGACGGUGGACGCGGCAGCCGGGCGCGCGCUGUUCUACUACCUCGCCGAGGCCGUCGGCGGAAACGGCAGCGGCUCGUCGUCGAAGUCCAAGCCGCUCCUCCUCUGGCUCAAUGGAGGUCCCGGGUGCUCGUCGCUGGGGUUCGGCGCCAUGGAGGAGCUCGGCCCGUUCCGCGUCAUGAGCGACGGCAAGACGCUCUACCUUAAUCCCUACUCCUGGAACCACGUGGCGAACGUGCUGUUCUUGGAGAGCCCGGCAGGGGUGGGGUACUCGUACUCCAACACGACAGCGGACUACAGCUCUAGCGGGGACGGCCGGACGGCGGAGGACACGUACGGUUUCCUGGCUAACUGGAUGGAGCGCUUCCCGGAGUACAAGGGUCGCGAGUUCUACAUCACCGGUGAGAGCUAUGCCGGCCACUACGUCCCCCAGCUCGCACACGCCAUCCUCCGCCAUGCCUCGCCGGCCAUCAACCUCAAAGGCAUCAUGAUUGGGAACGCGGUGAUCAACGACUGGACGGACAAUAAGGGCACGUACGACUUCUUCUGGACGCACGCGCUCAUCUCCGACGAGACGGUCGACGGUGUCAACAGGAACUGCAACUUCACCGCCGGCGCCGCGUCCAACAAGCUCUGCGACGACGCCUACAGGUCGGUCGGCGAGAGCGUCGUGUAUAUCGAUAACUACAACAUCUACGCACCAAAAUGCCAGUCGGAAGGACUCAUCACGCCCCCUGUCACCCCCUCGGUUGAGAGAUUUGAUCCGUGCACAAGUUAUUAUGUGGAAGCCUACCUCAACAAGCCAGAUGUACAAAAGGCACUCCACGCAAACGUCACCCAUCUCGAUCGCCCAUGGUUAGCUUGCAACGAUGAGGUUUUCAGAAGCUGGGUCGAUAGCCCCACAACUAUCUUGCCGAUUAUCCCGGAGCUGAUGAAAAACAACAUCAGAGUCUGGGUGUACAGCGGAGACACCGACGGGAAUGUGCCGGUCACUUCCACAAGAUACUCUAUCAACCAGCUCCAGCUAUCUGUGGCUGCAAAAUGGAGGCCGUGGUUCACCAUUACUCAGGGUGCUGAAGAGGUGGGUGGGUACGUUGUGCAGUACAAGGGCAACCUCAGCAUGGUAACCGUGAGAGGAGCAGGCCAUGAGGUCCCCAGCUACCAGCCGCAGCGAGCGCUUGUGCUUGUCCAGUGUUUCCUCGCGGGCAAAACGCUCCCUGGCUGCAAGAAAUGCCUACUGUAGGUGUAGGAGAACUUCCGUUCAGUACAAGGAAUAAGCAGAAUCCUAUGAUACUACAUAGGAACUCAUGCACUUCGCAGAUCAAUCAACUGCAGGUCAGCAGAUGCUUUUAUAUAGAUAGAGUGAGCAGAUCUGAAUAUUGUUCGCGAAUAUGGCAUGCUGAAAAGCGGAUGCUGC